GCUGUCGGACCAGACCAGCUGAACGCAAUGCUCGCUAGUGCUACAGCUGCAGUUCAAGCCAUGACCCCGGAAGAUCUUAUUAAGUACCUGGACUCUCCAGACGACAUACACGCCCAGGCGGUGAAAUCAGCUAAGAAAAUUGCUCAAGAUUUUGUCGAAAGGGCUGCUGACCUCGCGGCGGCCAUGAAGUUGAUUCUGCAAUUCGAUCAAGUGGUCCUCAAGAAACUUAAUGCUUCAACCGUCUACGAUUUUGGAAAGCCCAAAACAGAUGAAGUUGUACUCCGAACACCGAUCUUCUGUUGCUGUCUGAUGACGCAACUUCGAGGAGUUCAACCCAUUAUUGAGUUCCCCUAA